AAUUAAACAGAAGAAACCAAAAGAAAAAAAAUCAGAGUAAAAAGGAAACCCUAGAAAUCGAUAAAUACCAACUUGUUCUUCGAUUCGAUUCAUCUUGUGUUUCAUACUGCCAUGGAGAAGAAAGAGUUGAACAAGCUAAACCAUCUAUCUCUCGUCUCCAACAUUUGCAACGAGUUAGAGACGCAUCUAGGUCAAGCGCCGAAGGAUUUGGCCGAGUAUAUCAUCCAUCUCGGCCGCAACUCCGAGACCUCCGACGAACUCGACAAGAAGCUUAAGAAGGACGGCGCAGAGCUUCCUGACUAUUUCGUCCGCUCGCUGUUAACCGUAAUCCACGGGAUCUACCCUCCGCAGCCCAAGUCCGACGAUGUGGAAGAAGAUGGCGGAGAAAAAGGGAGAUUCAAAGGCUUGGCGAUUAGGGAUACUAAGGAUAAGGUCAAGGAGCUCGAGAAGGAGAUUGAGAGGGAAGCUCAGGAGAGACAGAGAGAGGAGGAUCGGAAUCGGAGAGGUUCCGGUAGGGAUAGGGAUCGAGAUGAUAGAAGGGAUCGGCAUAGAGAUAGGAAUCGUGGAGAUGAAGAUGGUGAUGAUAGAAGAAGUGGUAGGCAUAGGGGAAGAGACCGUGGUGAUGAUGAUAGAAGAGGAGAUAGGCAUAGAGGAAGAGACCGUGGAGAUGAUGAAAGAGGUGAUAGGCAUAGGGGGAGAUCACGUGGCGAUGAUGAAGGAGGAGAGGGAAGAAGUGAUAGGCGUAGAGAUCGUGGUGUGCAGGAUGAGUACACUGGUGCGAAUGAGCCUGAGCUGUAUCAGGUAUACAAAGGAAGAGUGACUAGGGUGAUGGACUCUGGCUGCUUUGUUCAGUUUGAUAGGUUUAGAGGGAAAGAAGGUUUGGUCCAUGUUUCGCAGAUGGCUACUAGAAGGGUUGAUAGGGCUGAGAGUGUGGUGAAGCGGGAUAUGGAAGUUUACGUCAAAGUAGUAUCCAUUAAAGAGGGUGGCAAGUACAGUCUUUCCAUGAAGGACGUUGAUCAGAACACGGGGAGAGACUUGAUCCCGCUGAAGAAGCCGUCAGAUGAUGAUGAUUUAGGGAGGAGUAAUCCGUCGUAUAGAACAAAGGAUGGGCAAGUCACCAAGACUGGGAUUUCAGGGAUUCGGAUUGUUGAGGAGAGUAAUGUCGCGCCUUCACGUAGGCCAUUGAAGAAGAUGAGUUCCCCUGAGAGAUGGGAAGCGAAACAGCUCAUUGCUGCUGGUGCCUUGAAAGCGAGUGAGUUUCCUGAUUACGAUGAGGAUGGAGAUGGGAUGCUUUAUCAGGAGGAAGGUGCUGAAGAAGAGCUUGAGAUUGAGAUGAAUGAAGAAGAACCUGCUUUUUUACAAGGGCAGACCAGGUACUCUGUUGACAUGUCUCCUGUUAAGAUCUUCAAAAAUCCAGAAGGUUCCUUGAGUCGUGCUGCUGCGCUUCAGUCUGCGCUCACCAAGGAGAGGAGAGAAAUGAGGGAACAGCAGCAGAGAACAAUGCUUGACUCCAUCCCCAAGGAUCUGAAUCGUCCUUGGGAAGACCCUAUGCCUGAAACUGGUGAAAGGCAUCUUGCUCAGGAGCUUAGAGGUGUCGGGUUAUCUGCUUAUGACAUGCCUGAGUGGAAGAAGGAUGCUUUCGGUAAAACUCCAACUUUUGGACAAAGAUCAAAGCUUUCUAUCCAGGAGCAAAGGGAGAGCCUUCCUAUAUACAAGCUGAAGAAGGAGCUGAUACAGGCUGUGCACGACAACCAAGUUUUGGUGGUCAUUGGUGAGACUGGGUCAGGGAAGACGACACAAGUUACUCAGUAUCUUGCAGAAGCAGGUUACACAACGAAAGGAAAGAUUGGGUGUACUCAGCCUCGUAGGGUUGCAGCAAUGUCUGUUGCAAAGAGAGUAGCUGAGGAGUUUGGUUGUCGUUUGGGAGAGGAAGUAGGAUAUGCAAUUCGGUUUGAGGAUUGUACUGGACCAGAUACGGUGAUCAAGUACAUGACUGAUGGUAUGCUUCUAAGGGAGAUUCUGAUUGAUGAAAACCUCUCUCAGUACUCUGUUAUAAUGCUUGAUGAAGCUCAUGAGCGGACAAUUCACACUGAUGUGUUGUUUGGUCUUCUAAAGAAGCUGUUGAAACGCAGGCUUGACCUUCGUCUGAUUGUCACAUCCGCCACAUUGGAUGCAGAGAAAUUCUCUGGGUAUUUCUUCAACUGCAACAUCUUUACAAUUCCUGGAAGAACCUUCCCUGUAGAGAUUCUGUAUACCAAACAGCCAGAAAGCGAUUACCUGGAUGCAGCUCUGAUCACAGUUCUUCAGAUUCACUUGACUGAGCCAGAGGGUGACAUUCUUCUCUUCUUGACGGGUCAGGAAGAAAUCGAUUCUGCAUGCCAGUCUCUGUACGAGAGGAUGAAAAAUCUGGGUAAAAACGUUCCUGAACUCAUCAUACUUCCUGUUUACAGUGCCCUCCCUAGUGAAAUGCAGUCUAGAAUAUUUGAUCCUCCUCCUCCUGGUACCCGGAAAGUGGUUGUAGCUACAAAUAUUGCAGAAGCGUCUUUGACAAUAGAUGGAAUUUAUUAUGUUGUUGAUCCUGGGUUUGCAAAGCAGAACGUGUAUAAUCCAAAGCAAGGACUAGAAUCGCUUGUCAUAACUCCAAUCUCACAGGCAUCGGCGAAGCAGAGGGCUGGACGCGCUGGCCGUACUGGUCCAGGGAAAUGUUACCGUCUCUACACAGAGAGCGCAUACCGUAAUGAGAUGCCUCCUACAUCAAUCCCUGAAAUCCAGAGGAUUAACCUUGGAAUGACAACCCUGACCAUGAAAGCAAUGGGUAUUAAUGACCUGUUGUCGUUUGAUUUCAUGGAUCCACCCCAACCGCAGGCGUUGAUCUCUGCUAUGGAACAGUUGUACAGCCUGGGAGCUUUGGAUGAGGAAGGACUGUUGACAAAGCUUGGUAGAAAAAUGGCUGAGUUUCCUCUUGAACCACCGCUAUCUAAAAUGUUGCUGGCGAGUGUGGAUCUUGGGUGCAGCGAUGAGAUUUUGACGAUGAUUGCUAUGAUCCAGACGGGAAACAUAUUUUAUAGACCGAGGGAGAAGCAAGCUCAAGCAGACCAGAAGAGGGCAAAGUUUUUCCAGCCUGAAGGUGACCACUUGACAUUGCUAGCUGUAUAUGAAGCUUGGAAAGCUAAGAACUUCUCAGGUCCAUGGUGUUUUGAGAACUUCAUACAGUCAAGAUCACUACGACGUGCUCAAGACGUGAGGAAACAGCUUCUCAGCAUUAUGGACAAAUAUAAACUAGAAGUGGUGAGUGCGGGAAAGAACUUCACGAAGAUAAGGAAAGCGAUCACAGCAGGAUUCUUCUUCCAUGGAGCAAGAAAAGAUCCUCAGGAAGGUUACAGGACGCUAGUGGAGAAUCAACCGGUUUACAUACACCCGAGCAGUGCAUUGUUCCAGAGACAACCAGAUUGGGUGAUAUAUCACGAUCUUGUGAUGACGACCAAGGAGUACAUGCGAGAGGUGACCGUGAUUGACCCGAAGUGGCUUGUUGAGCUAGCUCCAAGGUUUUUCAAAGUGGCUGAUCCAACCCAUAUGAGCAAGCGUAAGCGCCAGGAACGCAUAGAGCCUUUGUAUGAUCGUUAUCACGAGCCCAACUCAUGGCGUCUCAGUAAAAGACGUGCUUGAGAGAGACUUCAAGUUUUAUUCUUCCUUUGGUUUAUUACGCAAAUCCUCAAAUGUCCUCCUGUUUUUUCCAUCUUUCUCAUGUAUUCAAAGCUAAAAACUAACAGUAUGCUGGAUGAGUAAAAGACUCGUGUUUUUCUUGACAUGUAUGUGAUUUUGGAAGACAUUAUUUGUCACA